ACUUCAAUAGGUUUCUGUGCAAGUAUAAACAGAUACAACUGUAAUUAAAAGAUUUGUUUAAUCACAUUUAUUAAUCUCUAAGCUUAUAAGAUGAGAUAAUUUGAAUUUAUGAGGAAUGUAAUUGAAAUUAUACGAAAAUGUCUUUCAAUUCAGAUUCAGAGUUGGAGGUUAAAGUGAGAAAAGCUUCUGAAAGGAUUUCGGAAAAUAUGCAUAUCGUAGCAAACGAGCCGUCAUUAGCAUUUUACAGGCUUCAGGAACAUGUACGGAAAGCUUUGAACCCUAUGGUUGACCGAAAGAUAGAAGCAAAUAAAUUACAUCAAGAGCUUCAGGGCAGAUGCUAUGAUAUUGAAUAUGCUGUUUGUGCAAUUAAAUCAAUGGAUAAUGCAGAUGAAAGUUUCAAAAAUAUACAAGACCAUUUAAAAAAUGCAAUUUUUUUGAAACAACAGCUUAAGUAUGAAGAAUCAAGAAGGAAAAAAAAUGACCCUAGUUCAGUCUACAAACGUUUGUCUGCUCAUAUAACAUUAGAUUUACCUGAUCUUCCAGAGUUUUCUGAUGUUGUAAGAGAAACUGCAAACAGAGUAGAAAGUAUGAUGUCUAAAGCUACUCAUUCAGCUAAUUGAAUAUACUAUGCAAGAGGUUUUUUUUGUGUUCAACAUCUUUAAAUCAAGAUGAGAAUAUCAAUGUAUAUUUUAAUUUCCUGUGAUAAUUUUAGUCCUUUUAAGUACAGUCAAUAUUAACUAGACUUUGUAUAUAUAAUAUUGUUGAAUAGGAGCUUGUUAUUUAUGUCAUUUUAAAUUUCAGCUGACUAAUAUGUUUAGUUUAUUAUGCAUUUAGUGAUGAAUAUGUUUUGUUCAUUAAAUCAAGAAUAUUAAAAGUA